CUCUCCUUUAAAUCUUCCUGUAGAUAAGCUUCCUUCCCCUCCAUUUCAUUUAUAUAUCAUCUCCUGACCUCACCCCUACCAACUCUACCAACAGCCCUUUCAAAUAACCCAACAAAGAAACGAAACACCAACCAGACGGACAAGCAAGCAAGCAAACAACUCAAGCAAUGAACAUCCUCCACUCCACCCUCUCCACCUGGCGAGACCGUCUCGCCCCCGUCUCCCGCACCUCAACCUUCCGAACAACCGGCCAGAUCACCCCGGAAGAGUUCGUCCUCGCAGGCGACUACCUCGUCUACAAGUUCCCCUCCUGGUCCUGGGCCGAUGCCGCAACCCCCGCAAAGCGUGUCUCCUACCUUCCGCCCGGAAAGCAGUUCCUGGUCACCCGCGGUGUGCCAUGUCACCGACGGCUAAACGACAACUUCGCCGGGGACGCAGGCCACGAAGACGAGAUUGUCCGGGGCAUGCUAGCGGGUGAGGGUGACAACGAUGACGAUGGUUGGUUGCGGACGGGAGGCGGCGAUAACGCAGCAUCGUCGUCAUCAUCUGCUCGGAUCGGAGAUGUACGGACAGUCGACGAGGCCGGGAAUAUGGGCGAGGUAGAGGAACCCGAGGAAGAUGAGAUUCCGGAUAUGGAAGAUGAGGAUGAUGAUGAAGAGGCGAUUAUUCGGGAACCGGUGACGGGGACGACGCAACCAACCCGCACCUACAACCUCUACAUAACCUACGCCAACUUCUACCGCACCCCGCGCCUCUACCUCUCCGGCUACCUUUCAGCAUCUGAACCCCUUCCGCCCCAACUAAUGAUGGAAGACAUAGUCGGCGACUACAAAGACAAGACCGUCACCCUCGAAGACUUCCCCUGGUUCGAAGGCAGCGUAAAGAUGGCGACCGUGCAUCCAUGCCGGCACGCCUCCGUGAUGAAGACCCUCCUGGAUCGCGCCGACGCAGCGCUCAAGAUCCGUCGCGAUAAGCUCAAGGCCGCAGCCUCAGCGCACGCAGAGCCUGAUGCGAAGGUCGCUGCUGGAGCGGGCGGGUUGGAAGGGUUAGUGGAUGAUGUUAAGGGACUGUCGGUGAGUGAGGGACAUGGCGGCCAGGGGCAAGCAGGUGGUGAUGAGUGGGAGAUGCUGCAGCAUGAUGAGGAAGAUCAGGUUGCUAUUCGCGUGGAUCAGUAUCUCGUUGUGUUUUUGAAGUUUAUUGCUAGUGUUACGCCGGGGAUUGAGCAUGAUUUUACAAUGGGGGUCUAGAUAACUGACUGACUGGAGAGGACCCGCCUCCUACUUUCUUCCUUUCUUUCUUUCCUUUCGUUACUGGGUUGCCUUUUCUGUUGUUUUGUUUUUUUCUGUUAUCGUUGGUUUCGGGGUUUUCUUAAUACGGGAUCAUGAGCUUGAUUUUAUACUCUUUUAUCUUCAUCCGCCUUUCUCAUUCUGCUUUCGUUCUUGUCCCUUAUUCUGCUCUAUUGGUGGCCAUGCAAUAUCUCUCCACCCCCGAGGUCCCCAUGCACUGGCGCGAGGAAACAAUUAUCGAUGUUUAUUAUGAGACAUGAAUAUGAUAUCACGAGACAUUAAUGCAAG